UUCAGCUUCAGUUUAGCUCAUUCUGCAACAAAAGCUUGGCACUAAUGGCGGCCAUGAAGAAAUCAGCCGUGACACACCACUAUCGACGGCGCCUUCGCCGCCCACACUCUCCGGCGGCUACUUCUCUCAUCCCUAUCACCGUCAACUAUACUCUCAGGUUUUGUGGGACCGCCCGUUUUCGUCCAGCACCUAUCUCCCAAGUCCUAAUGUUGAAAGGCCAUCACAAGACUGCACUAGAGAUGUUGGGUUUGGCAUCAGAUAGUGGAAAUGCAACUAUAGCUUAUGACUAUUCACAGAACAGUGGUGUGAGGCAAAGUGUGAUUAAAUCAAAAUCUGAUAAGCGCUUCUUGAAUAAAAGCCCCUCUCGGAUUUGCUUUUUUGGAAGGUUAUUGGAAGAUGAUGCCAAGGGGAAAUCGGGCGACAUUGUCUCGUGAUGCUCGUUGUUAGCUCCUUGCAUGUAAUCAAGCAGUGACAAAUUGCUCGUUUGGAUGUGCUCUUCGAAUUCGGAGGACAGCCCGUUUUUCUUGAAAACUCGGCAUAGUGCAUACGAGUCCUGUAUACGAGAAGGUAAGCAUUGUUAGAAGGGUUCAUUUCAAGAGUCUAGUUAAAGCUGCAUUUUUUUAUUUUUAUUUUUUUGGGUAAUGAAUAUAAUAAUUUUCACUCAACUGGAGAUAAAUGAUUAAGUUCAAGACAAUUUGAAAAUUCUUGAUUUUCCAUGUUUUGGUUCUAAGGGGAAGAAAAAGUUUGAUUGGUGAUGUCUU